AAGGCCUACAAAGAACUGUGGAGGCCUUCUGCAUCCUCUGUUUGUGUGCAACGGGGAGACGGACUGCACCAACGGAUCGGAUGAAAGCAACUGCACUCGGGGUAUUAUUAUUAAUAUUUGGUACUUAUUCCAUAUACUUGUACGCAUGACCUUCCAAUGUCAUGAUGUCAGAAACGAGCUGUUCAGCCAUCAGAUAUCAGUGCCACAGCGGUUCCUGCAUCCUCAAGAAGAACGCCAGGUGUGACGAUGUGGUUGACUGUCAGGACGGCAGCGAUGAGGACGACUGCGCUUGUGGGCGCCCCUCCCCUAGAUCCCAUCGUGUUGUGGGCGGAGUCAACUCAGAGGAAGGGGAGUGGCCUUGGCAGGUCAGCCUCCACUUCUCAGGCCACCUGUUCUGUGGCGCCUCCGUCCUCUCCUCCGAUUGGCUCGUCUCAGCAGCCCACUGCUUUAGCAAAGAGAGGCUGUCUGACCCGCGCCGCUGGAGGGCCCACCUGGGCAUGCUGACGCAGGGCGGCGCCAAACACGUGGCCGAGGUCCAGCGCAUUGUCGUGCACGAGUACUACGACGACUACACGUUCGACUACGACAUCGCCCUGCUGAGGCUGAAGAGGGCGUGGCCUCCCUCGAUCGGCCCACUGGUGCAGCCCGUAUGUCUGCCCGCCCCCUCUCACGCCAUCACUGCCAGACACCGCUGCUGGGUCACGGGCUGGGGGUACCGCUCGGAGGAAGGUGAGCUACCUGAACCUCACCUGAUGGUAACUAAAGUUGAAAACAACAUGGAUAUUUCUUUGUCAGCCAGCUACUUCCUGCUUUGCUGA